GGCGGCGGUGGCGGCGGCGCCCCCCGUGUCCCCCCUCGCCGGGGCCAUGGUGAACACCAGGAAGAGCUCUCUGCGCCCCCUGGGCAAAGCGGCGGCCGCGGCGGCCGGGGCCGGCAGCCAUUUCAUCUCGUCCCGCACCCGCUCUUCUAAGAGGGGCACCAAGGCAGAUGCGGCCGGGCUGGAGGAGGCGGCGGCAGCGCGGAAAGAUGAAGGUAGUGAUGCUAGUUUGAGUGAUAGCCACAUAUCUCCUCCUGCCAAACGUACCUCAAAACAUGCUGAUCCUGUGGGCAAAGACAAAUCAAAAUCACGCAGUACUGGGCAGCGAGAGGAAUGGAGCAUCUCAACUGGACAGUCCAGGUUAACUCCUCAGCCUGGUGCUACACUACCAAAUGGACGUAGCUUAUCUCUCAAAAGCCACUCCCUUCGAGGGGAAAAAAAGGGAGAUGGGGACCAUGCUUGCAUAAACGGAGAUAUAGAAGUCAGAAAAAGUUGUCGGUCCAGGAAAAACAGAUUUGAAACUUUGAAUCAGAGUUUAUUGUUUGAUCAGCUAGUAAACAGUACUGCUGAAGCUGUCCUGCAGGAAAUGGAUAAUAUUAACAUCAGGAGGAACAGGCGGUCUGGGGAAGUAGAGCGACUACGGAUGUGGACAGAUACAGAAUUUGAAAACAUGGAUAUGUAUUCUCGAGUGAAAAGAAGAAGGAAAUCACUGAGGAGAAAUAGCUAUGGCAUUCAGAACCACCAUGAAGUGUCCACAGAAGGGGAAGAAGAAGAGUCUCAGGAAGAAGAUGGAGAUAUAGAAGUAGAAGAAGCUGAGGGGGAAGAAAAUGAUCGGCCAUAUAAUCUCAGACAGAGAAAAACUGUUGAGAGAUACCAGGCUCCUCCAAUAGUGCCAGCUCAUCAAAAAAAGAGAGAAAAUACACUGUUUGACAUUCACAGAUCUCCUGCAAGAAGAAGCCAUAUCAGGAGAAAGAAGCAUGCCAUUCACAGCAGCGAUACAACCUCUUCAGAUGAAGAACGUUUUGAAAGAAGAAAAUCUAAAAGCAUAGCCAGAGCAAGAAAUAGGUGCCUGCCUUUAAACUUCAGAGCAGAAGAUUUAGCUAGUGGAAUCCUUCGAGAGCGUGUGAAAGUUGGGGCGAGUUUGGCUGAUGUUGACCCUAUGAUUGUUGAUAAAUCGGUGUGUUUUGAUAGUAUAGGGGGAUUGAGCCAUCAUAUCCUUGCACUUAAGGAAAUGGUAGUGUUUCCUCUUCUCUAUCCAGAAAUAUUUGAAAAAUUCAAAAUCCAGCCACCAAGGGGCUGUUUAUUCUAUGGUCCUCCUGGAACAGGUAAAACCUUGGUAGCUAGAGCUCUAGCUAAUGAAUGCAGUCAAGGAGACAAAAAGGUGGCUUUCUUUAUGAGGAAAGGAGCAGACUGUCUCAGUAAGUGGGUUGGUGAAUCUGAACGUCAGCUUCGACUCCUUUUUGAUCAGGCAUACUUGAUGAGACCCUCUAUAAUCUUUUUUGAUGAAAUAGAUGGUUUGGCUCCAGUUCGUUCUAGCAGACAAGAUCAGAUUCACAGCUCUAUAGUGUCUACUCUUCUUGCCCUCAUGGAUGGACUGGAUAAUAGAGGUGAAAUAGUUGUAAUUGGUGCUACAAACAGACUGGAUUCUAUAGAUCCUGCACUCAGGAGACCUGGUCGCUUUGACAGGGAAUUUCUUUUCAACUUGCCUGACAAGAAGGCACGAAAGCACAUUUUGCAAAUUCAUACCAGGGAUUGGAACCCCAAAUUGUCAGAUCCUUUCUUAGGAGAACUGGCUGAAAAAUGUGUUGGGUACUGUGGAGCUGACAUAAAAGCACUUUGCACUGAGGCUGCCUUGAUUGCCCUGAGACGCCGCUACCCCCAGAUCUACAUGAGCAGUCAGAAGCUGCAGCUGGAUGUUUCCUCGGUAGUUCUGAGCGCGCAGGAUUUCUACCAUGCAAUGCAGAACAUCGUGCCUGCCUCCCAGCGUGCCGUGACCUCUUCGGGACACGCGCUGUCCCCCGUCAUCCGGCCGCUCCUGGAGCGCACCUUCACUAAGCUCCUCGAGGUCUUACACAAAGUGUUCCCUCAUGCUGAGUUCAGCCAGGGUGACAAAAGUGAAGAUGUACCAAGUCUAAUAUUAGAUGAUAGUGAAGAUGAGAAUGCUUCAUCAAUUUUUGAGACGAGCUGUCACUCAGGAUCACCAAAGAAACAGUCAUCAGCUGCUAUACAUAAACCCUACCUUCAUUUUAAAAUGUCAGCUUAUCACCAGCCAACCUCUUACAGACCGAGAUUACUGCUCUCUGGGGAAAGAGGUUCAGGUCAGACUUCGCACCUUGCUCCAGCACUAUUGCACACCCUGGAAAAAUUCUCCGUACACAGGCUUGACCUGCCAGCUCUUUAUUCAGUCAGUGCCAAAACGCCUGAAGAGUCAUGUGCACAGAUCUUUCGUGAAGCUCGAAGAACAGUACCAAGUAUAGUUUACAUGCCUCAUAUUGGUGAUUGGUGGGAAGCUGUCAGUGAAACUGUGAGAGCUACUUUCCUAACUUUGCUGCAAGAUAUACCAUCUUUCUCACCUAUAUUUCUACUGUCUACCUCUGAGUCCAUGUUUAGUGAUUUGCCUGAAGAGCUGAAAUGUAUUUUCAGAAUCCAGUAUGAAGAGGUUUUUUAUAUUCAAAGACCAAGUGAAGAAGACAGAUUGCGAUUUUUCAAAGGCUUAAUUCUUGAUGAGGCAGCAAUGCCCCCACCAAGAAGGAAACAGGCUGCUCUUCGUGCCCUGGAAGUUCUUCCUCUUGCACUGCCGUGUCCUGCCCGGGAGCUGUCGGAGGCGGAGAAGCAGCGGAUGGAGGACCAGGAGGAGAACACCCUGCGGGAGCUGCGCCUGUUUCUCAGGGAUGUCACCAAGAGGCUGGCCACAGACAAACGCUUUAACAUCUUCAGCAAACCGGUGGAUAUUGAAGAGGUUUCAGAUUACCUUGAGGUUAUCAAAGAACCAAUGGACCUAUCAACAGUAAUAACCAAAAUUGAUAAACACAACUACUUAACAGCCAAGGAUUUUCUAACAGACAUUGACCUGAUCUGCAGCAAUGCAUUGGAGUACAAUCCAGACAAAGAUCCUGGAGAUAAAAUAAUUAGACAUAGAGCAUGCACUUUGAAGGACACUGCUCAUGCUAUCAUUGCUGCUGAAUUGGAUCCAGAAUUUAAUAAGAUGUGUGAAGAAAUCAAGGAAGCAAGAAGAAAAAGAGGCUUAUCUGUGCCAGCAGAACAGGUAAACCCUCAUGGUUCCACUGUACGGAAAACAGAAGCCAGAGUUGAAGAGGCAUUUCGGAGCAAACAAAAGCCCACCAUGGCCGUGUGGCCCAACUCCACAAACAAAUGUGCUUUUCGAAUAAGGAGGAAAUCGAGACGGCGCUCACAGUGGGGCAAAGGCAUUAUUAAGAAGAGGAAAGUCAAUAAUUUAAAGAAAGAUGAAGAUGAUGCAAAGUUUGCUGAUGAUGAAAAUCAUGGUGAGGACAGUAAAUUGCUGGAAAAUGGAGAGCUAGAGAUCAGCACUGACUGCAUUGAGGAGAAUGGAGAGGAAACAGGAGACCUCUCUAUGACAAAUGAUGAAUCCUCUUGUGAUAUUAUGGAUAUAGAUGCAGAGCAGAGGCUUAACAAUGGGACAUCAGGAAAGGAAAACAAUUUUGCAUCCACAGAAGAAGAGAGCUCAAAUGAAUCCCUAUUAAUAACUGACAGUGUUACCCUAGGUGCUGUAAAGGAAUUAAGGAAGGACUCUACGUUGAAAGGGGACUGUGUGAAUGGAGAGACAUCUGUACACAGCUCCGCAGGUGUACCUGUUCCAGCCUGUCAUAAUGGUAAAGUAGAAUCACUUGAUGCUGUUUCACCCUGUGACAACAGUGAUUGGUCUAGUAACAAGCAAAAAUCUUUAUCUGAAGAUCAGCCAAAGGAGAAAAUGGAAGCUUCCAGUGAAAGUCAAGGAACUGAUCUGGUGAAAGCAGAGUUACCACAUUGCAGCAAUAAUGAGAAAACACUACAGAGCACAGACGCUGAAACUAAAGAUGCUGAAGCAGAUAAAGAAGGUUUGUUCAAAAGUAAGAAAACGCGAAAAACUGCUGUGGAGCAAGCAAAACCCACAAGUUUGGAGCAGGUUCCAGAGGAACCUUCAGAUCCCUUACCCUCUGUGGUUGUUGACCAUGACAGACUAAAGAAACUGCUUGAUGUGGUAGUUAAGAAAAGUGACAACCUGACUGUUGACCAACUUGAGAGAUUGUAUUCACUCCUCAGUCAAUGCAUCUACAGACAUCGUAGAGACUAUGACAAAUCACAGCUUAUAGAGGUGAUGUUGUACAGCUGCUUUUAUUCUUUUUCUGAAUAUUGUGAGAUAGGCUUUUCAGAAACUGUUAAUCUGUCAAUUUAUUGUUCUACUAGCAGGCAAAACCUUUAAUAGACUUUGAAGAAGGUAUCUGUAAAAAGAAAAAAGCUUAGUGUAGUAACUUAGAAACUGGUGGUUUCUAAGAAUGCUUUCUGCAGAACAGGAUUAAGAAUUUAACCUAAAAGAAGGGAGGAAAAAGAGGAGAGAAUACAGCAACAUCAAAGGCACAUGCUAGCAGAGUAAAAUGGAGUAGCAGCAGUUUCCAUGUGUGGCAAGACUUAACAGUGGAUGUGAAGUGGUGGUUUCACAGGCACCCUGACCCAGUGUUGCUGCAGUUGUAUUUUUUUAAACCCCCCUCUGCUCCAUGCAGUUUGCAGAUUCUGACUUUCAUACAAGGCCUUAGAAGUGUGAACACUCUCUCUUGGUCAGUAAGUACAAUCUUGGGAAGGUCAGUGCAGCAUGGUGGAAGCCAGGUGUCUGCCUUGCCAUCAUCCUUUGUCACUGAAGUGUUUGCCCUCCAAGGCCUCCUGUACAUCAGCAACAGAUUGUCAUUUCACCAUUGGCACAGGCUGAUGCCAGCUCUGGGUGUGCAUUUCCUCCAUCACCACUGUUCUAACUGCAGAGGGGUUUGGAUCAGCUUGCUGAUUCAACUGAUAACCAGCCCUGCUGAGAAAAGGACAACAAUUGCUACUUUCCAGUUGGAUCACUGAGCACUAAAUAUUUCUCUCCAUGAAUAAUUUACAGCAAAACCUGGAAAAGCCAUAGUGGGAGGUUUUGUAGAGCUCCUGCAGAAUACUUUUCAGACAGUUUUCAUGCUAUUCCCUGCCAUCUUCACCUAAAAAUGUGUUGAAAGUCUGUGCAAGAUGUUAGGUAGAUUAAAAAGGCAUUUGUCCAGCAGGAGUGUGUAGAGACCAAUCUUUACUUUGAUUUUCCAAACUGUGCAGACAUGUGAUUACAGCUGGGUCACCAACAGCAUAAGUAUGCAGUAAGACUUGAACUCAUGCAGUGUGGCACUGCAGUGCUUUCCUAAUAUAUAUUGAGCACAUUAAUUAUAUAAAUGACCCUAAUAAGCCUUGAUUUUCUCAUGGACUGUCAUAGUAGAGUGCUUUUCUGCAUUAAUACUUCUUUAAUGAGUUCCCUCUUUUAUCGUAUUUUGCUAGCAGAUAGCAGCUAAUAAACAGAAACAUCUGUUUCCAUACAUUUAUUUGUUCAGAUUAAAAACAGUAUCACAGUAAGUACCACUACAUAAAGUAACUCUAUUUCUGUCUCUCUGUAUUUAUGAAUAGUUAAUGGUCUGUGUCUCUUACAGGAGAUGGAAAGAACAGUUCAUGUGUUUGAAACAUUCCUGUGAACUCGUCAAGAUGGGUGGGUUUUUCCUCUCAAACUGCUCAUGGGAGAGCAGUCCUCUGAGCCAUUCAGUUUCCAUUUGCACCAAGUAUGUGCAGAGCCUUGGUCUUAAGUGCUCUCUCUUUCUGUUUCUGUUGAAUUUGGUGCUAUUGUCUCAGGUACCUGAAACCAACCAGCCUACAAGAACCAAACGGAACUUCAUAUAGUUGUAUCUGAUAUAAAUAAAGAAUACAAUGCCACAGCUUGGAGAUUUUUGGUGCUACAGAAACUGUUCUCAUUCCUGCUCUUGUUCACUCUACAUGCAUUAUCUUUGGGGAAACUUCAGGCAAAGUGAAGACCAACAUAUACAAGAGGACUGGAAAGAGCAGAUCUAAGUUGAAUAUUUUUAAACAGGCAACCUUUUUUAUUUUUUUUCCUCCAAUUUUUCUCUUCUCUGGGGUUAUGGACAAAAAAAAUCUGUCCUAAAGAAGGCAGUGAUGCAUUGUGGUAGGAAUCUUGAGUAACUGGAUGUACAGUAAUUUGAAGAUGAGGCUCUCUAGAACUGCCUUUAAUGUGCCUUUUAGUCAAUUGAGAAAGAUAAGGCUAAGCAAUUUGUUUGGAUUAUAGCAAAUGGCAAUGUUAGAAAGCUGUCUGCAGAAUGAAGAUCUCCAAAAGGAUGAAUUGUAUUCUCUUCAUUGGAUGGCAACCAGUAUUAUGGUUCUAUAAUGCCUGUCUUACUCUACAGAACUAAACUAAGACACACUGAAAAAGCCACAUACUUUACCAAAAUGGUGAAAUUCCUUUUUCAUUGGUCUAUAUUUUGUUUUAGAAACAAGUUACACAGUGAAACUCUUCUGUGUUGCUAAAAAUGAAGCAUUUUCCCACCAUGUCCUUGUUUUCCAGUGUGAGCUCUCUAAGGGGAAAGCAAGGUAAAUAUUGGCAGGUUUUGUUGGGAAGAUCUGUGUUUGUAAUAUAGCUUGGACUGUGCAGUGCAGGCAAGAACACACUAUAGUUGGUCAAAGUCCUGGAGCCCAACCUCAUUUGAAAAUAAAACUUCUCUUAGGUUUCACAAGUUGUUCUGUGCAAAGCAUUGUUACUGUGGGGAGGAUUGGAAGAGAGCCUUUUGAAUCCAUCUUUUCUAAGAGUUCUUUGGGUUGGAAUUGUGUAGUUCAACACCUUUCCUUUCUGGCAACUGGAGAGAACAGUCUAGGCAGUUUUUCUGUUUUAUUAGAAGCUCGGUGUUAGAACAUUACCUGGGCUGGUUUAUUCACACCCAUGUGCAAAGUGUUCUAGAGCAGUUGGCUGCUGUUCCCAUCGUGAACCAUUCAUUGUGACUGUCCCUACGUAGCUGCAGAAGUGUCUGUCCAGAAAUAUGCAACGCAGUGUGAUUAGUUUUUAACCAGAGAAAACAGACUACUGCAGAGAUACUGAGCUACCUCAGCUUUUUGUAUUUUAGUUACCAACAGUGUUUAUGGAGGACUGUAAUCACGCUGCUCCCGUGUACAAACCCAGGCUUAGGGACUUGUCUCCACCUCUAUGGCUCAUGCCAGGGUAAUGCUGCAGAGAGAGAAAACGUGGGCCUUGGGCUACUGCAGUAAUCCAGUGUGCUUUGUCCAUUAUGGUUAAACAUCAGUCUAUCUUAGAGCUUUUUCUCCCCCAGAUGCCACUGUUUUUCUUUGUAGGUAAUGGCAGAAAAAGGUUUUAAGCAUUCAUGUACAUCUAGUUACACCUAAAUGCAACCCAUGCAGAAACACUGUAUUUUUUAGGUGGGAAAGUGCGAUUAAAAACAACAAAAACAAGCAGAAAACACAUUUUAAAUGAGAUUCUUUGAUCUCAGAUUUGAUUAUGGGAUUUUUUUCCAUGUUUCAUUUAGUAUUUAUUAGCAUCAUACCUGUUUGAGAUAUUUAUGUGUCUGGUACAUUAACAGCAUUUUGUAUUUUGAUGGAAAUUGUUACAAACUUUAAGAUUUGAUUAAAUGAUAUGUAGCAGAUUUUUUGUAGCAAGUUUCUGAUAAAAGGGUUUUUUGCAAGUCUCAGGUUCUUGCUGCAGAAUUUUUUAAAAAUAUUUAUUCCAGUUUCACUUACUCAAAGAAGUUUUUGUUCAAGUAACAGCAGCACUUGUGGAAGAUAAAACUGCAUUCAUUUUUAAGAAGAUAAUAAAUUUAUAUAAAAGAAAACAGUUGGGAAUUUUAGUCACCAGUGAGUGUAAAAAGCAAGUUUAAGCUAAUGCCUAGCAUUAAAAAAGGUUCUAAAAGGUCAGGUUUCUAAAGGAAAAUUUUUACUGUCAGUUGUUGAUUGGGAAAAAUCAUUAAGAGGCAACUUUACUAAUUGAGGAGCUGCCAUGUUGUUUUAGAGAAACGUAGCUAAUAUCAGAUGUUCUAGUGGACAGCUUACCUAAAAUGAUAUACUCGCCUUCUUAGCCCAAAUAACCACACUUCAGUUUUUGUUUUCCUUUACAGAUGUCUGGUGGUUAUAGAGUUAAAACAGCUGUUAAUCUAUCCAUGUGGUCUAAACUUGUUUACUCUUUGUAUGUUUUUAUUUUUUUUGCCACAUAGCACUGGCAAGAGUUUGUACAAAUUGACCUCUCUUCCUUGUUUCUUGUUGUGAAAAUUGCAAAUAAACUCCUGUGUGAGUCCUUGUGCUGGACUCUAUGGAAUGUGGCCAGCCAGGAGGAGGAGGUUUUUUGGGGGCCUGGGGUGGGGGGGGCUGUUUUGGAGUGAUAGUUGCUCUUGGGUGAUGGCUCUGGAGUUAAUUGUAUUUGCAAGCUUGAAUCUCACCUGUGAUUAUUUUGUUUUGUUUUGUUUUGUGUCUUCUGUAUUGUUACUUGAUUUCCUCAUAUGCCAAUGUAUUUAUAGGAAUACUGGGUUUUGUAAUAUCUUGUCUUCCUUUUUUUUUUUUUUAAUUAAGUUGGUGAGUCAGCGCUGGUUUUACCUUCAGUCUCCUGAAUGGCAGGUCCCUGCAGCUGAUAGUGUUUUAUUUUGUUUUUGUUUUAUUUUGUAAUCACAACAUAAGCUUGAAUUUGGGCUUGUACUUGCAUCUUUUGUAUCUUGUACAUUGGGUUAUUUAGACAUUGGGGCGUCCUGUUUGGUUUCAUUAACGUGUGUCUACUUUGUGGAUUAAGUAGACUUCCUUCAUCAGCUAUGGUAUAUUUUGGAUUCUAUAGUUUUAUUCAGAAUUGUGUUUAAAUUGAUGUUUUGCAUUUUGACUUCAUUUUACGUUAGUUUGAAGUAAGUUAUUUAAUUUUUUUUGAACUUCUGGAAAUUUUGAACAUUUUACUGUAAUUUGUAAUAUAACUGCUGUGAAAUACUUGAAUAAAGAUGACAAGAAAACACAGCUUUAGCUCCUUCAAAAAUGUAUUUAAAAGAAAUGCUGCCUCCUGGCUGAAAACAGUCUUUUCCUUACUAGUCCUUCUUGGUUUUGCAGCUCAGAUGUGACACUUUGGGAUCUUGCUAUUUAGUUAUU